AGUCAAUGUCUGAUAGCAAUGUUGUGCAUCCAACAACGUAAAAAACACGGACUUUGAUCAUAUUCAAUGGCCAUAAUAUAACAUACUCAAGAAAUGGGAAAAUUACAAGUUGAACACUUCACAUAGCAUUUAUUUGGUAACAGAGAGUGUUCUUUGUUUUUGAUCUUCUUUGCCAUCUUCCCAAGAAAUCAAUGGUUGUGUCAACAACAAUGAAGAAAACAUCAUCAACUUAUACCUGGCUCUCUCUCUCGAUCACCAUCUUCUUCUCUGCAACUUCAGUCUCUUCUUCACUCUCCUAUUCUGAUCACUGCUCUUCACUCGUCCCCGAAUCAACUCCAACUGUUGUUGACAAUCCCAUGUUCCCUCUCUUCAGAAUCCUAAGAAGUCAUUACACAGGAGGCGACGGAAUUCUAGGCAACUUCUCAUACCGAUUCUCCCAGAACCAAGUCUUCUUCCAACCAAGCCAACACAUCUUCAAAACCAACACAACCGGCGUUUACAAGAUCGGGGCCUACUUGAUCUUCUGGCACUCGAGUGCCUACAUUUAUCGCCCUCCCAAUUCAACCCAUGGCCGGUCUCACUAUCCUCAGAAUCCUCACAGGACAGGUCCAUUGAAGUUUUCAUUAGAUGGGUUCUGGUCACAGAGCUCUGGAAAGCUAUGUAUGGUUGGCUCGGCUUCUUGGUAUUCUGAAGAAGGUAAGAUUCUCAAUCUUGAUGCAGUUCUUAGUUUUGCAAUGAAUUCGACUAUUUUUCCUAGUUUGGUUACUGGGAAAUUGGACAGCUUGAGCUCUCCAACCGACCUGAAUUUCUUUGAACCAAUUUCAAUCUUGGCUUUUGUUUCAUCAUUUAAAUACAAUUACAAAUUGGUUCCAAAGGAAGUUGAUAGGGGGUGUCCUGGUGGGAAUGAUAUUCCGCAGAACCAAUCGCUUGGUAUCCAACGGAGAAAAUUCUGUUCAAUGCUACAGCGGGAAAUGAAUACCUUCAAGUUGGAGUAUACCAAUGAGUGUGUUUCAUGGAAGAAUUGUACUCCUCUUGGCCAGGGAAUUGAGUAUCUGCCUCUUGUGAUGUCCUUGAGCACAAUUCAGUGCUCUGAGUAUGAACACAAGGUGCAGUACUCGGUAGGAUUCGGAAACAAUAGUGAUAAUGGGUAUAUCCAAGCUUUUGAUCCCACGACAUUGCUAGUUGCAGAAGGAUCGUGGGAUGGGAACAAGAACAGGCUAUGUAUGGUUGCUUGCCGGAUCCUGCAUUCUACCCCUUCUCUAGCAAGCCCCCAUGUUGGUGAUUGUUCGAUCAGGUUGAGCUUUAGAUACCCAGCUGUCUGGUCAAUCAGAGACAGAUCAAGCAUUGUUGGCCAAAUUUGGACUAACAAGACUACUAAUGAGUCAGGGUACUUCAAUAAGAUCACGUUUGGAACCUAUGACAAUAGGAAUGGCCGGGUUUCAGGAUCUUUGGGUUUGAGAUAUGGGUACACUGAAACCGACAGAGUAAGAAAGUCAUGCCUGGCAAAAAUGCGGCCUGGGAAGAAGAACUGGACGGGGGACAGAUACCCGAAGGGGAAUUCUUAUGAUAUGAGUUUCGACACUUUGGUUAAAGAUUCCAUGGGAAAAAUUGCCUGGGGUUAUGCAGUCCCCAUCUUUGUGGGUAAUGAAAGUUAUGGUCAAUACCAUUAUGUGCGUGUCUCAAAUUCAACGCACAAGAAGCCUAAAGUCGAGGAAAACAAAAGUUUUAGUGGCCCAUUGAAUAUCAGCUACGAGAUCAGCAUCAUGAGAUUGCAUUCUCCAAUCCCUGGGAUUUCUUUAUCUAAUUUAUCUUUCAUUUCCAAAGGUAGAGUGGAAAUUUUUGCUGAAGGAGUCUAUGAUGAUGAAACAGGAAAGCUCUGUAUGGUAGGUUGCAGAAAGGUCAGUCCAAAUGAUUCUAUGGACUGUGAGCUGCUUUUGAAAUUCCAAUUCCCACCUGUAAAUGCAAAGAGAGGAGGGAUUAUCAAGGGAAGCAUCGAAAGCACACGAAAAAAAACUGAUCCUCUUUUCUUCGAGUAUUUGACCUUCACUACAAGAAUUUAAGGCUCUGUUUGGUUGUGCUCUGAAAUCAAUUUUCUACCCGUGUGUUGGAGUAUGAUGUUUGGUUUCGUUUUCAAAUCAAUUUUCUACACUCUGCAGAGAGAACUCUGAUGCACAGGUGUAACAUGCCCGGGGGGUACCCGCGCGCGUUAAACAGUUCGGACCCCCGAGAUCUCUUUGAUCUAUUCUCACGAGUG